AUGAGUGCGAAAUCGAAAUUUCAACGCAGCAUUUUUAUGCGCAUGUCAAUUUAUGCACAGAACGCGCAUACUAUGGAACCCACUGCCGAUGAAGUGUACGAGCGGCGUCUAAAAAAGGACAUUGAAAAGAUGGAGGCGUUUCUUGCUCAGGCAGAGACUGCAGAAGCUCUUCUACAACGCCGCGUUCAACAAACGAACGUGGAUCCCAAGAUCGAUACCAUCGCCCUACAUCAUGCUGCGUCUAAAUUGUCGUAUAUUCCUGAAAAGGGAGAUGUUCUCGGCAUGGCCACUGCGUCUGUGAAAACGCAGGAACUCGUGGACGAAAGUAGAGAUGCAUAUGUGCAUCUAAAGACAUUUGCAAAAGAUCGCCAUGAAAUAUCAGAAACCUAUCGCCAGCUCCUCGAUGACUAUGGUGAGGUGACACAAGCAAUAGAUUAUGAACUAAAAAAUGAGCGUCUGCAGCAUGCAGAGGAAGAACCAUCUUUGGAUAUUAAACACCAAUUGGACAUCUUAGAUCGCAAAUUGGUGGGUGCAUCUGAACACGAACAAACCCUUACUAAACACCUCAAGCGGCUCGUGGUGACGUCAUUGAUGAUCGAAGGAUGGGACCGUGAUAGCAUUGAGUUUAAGGAAGGCUCGUCAAUGUGUAUGCAGUUGGUGCAGCAAUUGGUGCAAGCAGCCGUCGAUUCUCAAAUCACAGAACAACCACAAUGGGUUAAUGUGAGACCCGAUGCAGUUCUACAAAAAUUUAUCACACAAUUGAUGUUGGGUGACAUGAUCUACGUUGAGGAAGUCAAUGGUGUACAAAGAUUGAGGCUACGAGAGUACGGCUUGUAG